GCGCCGGUGAGUGAUCCUCUGCGGAGCUCCUUGUCCAUCCGCCCGGUAUCGGCGCCAUCCCUUUAGCUCAGGCUCGGAUUCGGAAUCCCGAGGGCUUAUAGACCCCUUCUGGGGCCGCAGCCUCCGUCUGCCGGGCUCGGGGCCGCCAUGGCCGGCUCUUUGCGGGAGCCGGUCCGCGGCUGCAGGCUGAACUCGGCCCGCGCCGGCGGGGACGGUGGCCGGCGUGGGUCCUGCAGCUUCUCGUGUCUGCGGGCGCUCUGAAGUCCCGAGUGCCCUGCGUGGCCCUGGCGAGGGCUGGCACGGGGUUCUGCCCGGCCACUCACCGCUAAAUUAGGGAAUCGAGCCGUGGUUUACUCUCGGCGCGUAAAACAUGCCUUGGCUGCGUCCCUACGAGCUUUGGAGUUAGCCUUCACGUCGUGGCUGUGCAGGAGCGCGUUUGGUCACCAUGGUGCGCAUGAAUGUCCUGGCGGAUGCUCUCAAGAGUAUCAACAAUGCUGAGAAGAGAGGCAAACGCCAGGUCCUCAUCAGGCCAUGCUCCAAAGUCAUCGUUCGGUUCCUCACUGUGAUGAUGAAGCACGGUUACAUUGGUGAAUUUGAGAUCAUUGAUGAUCACAGAGCUGGGAAAAUUGUUGUGAACCUCACAGGCAGGUUGAACAAGUGUGGAGUGAUCAGCCCUAGAUUUGAUGUGCAACUCAAAGACCUAGAAAAAUGGCAGAACAAUCUGCUCCCAUCCCGUCAGUUUGGUUUCAUUGUACUGACAACCUCAGCUGGCAUCAUGGACCAUGAAGAAGCAAGACGAAAACACACAGGAGGGAAAAUCCUGGGAUUUUUUUUCUAGAGAUGUAAAGCAUAAAUAAAAAGCCUCUGUGGACUA